AUUCCAUUUUCAAAGUUUCUCGUGUGCGAUUCUGCCGAUCUCCUGCCUCUCCUCAACGCCUGCAUCGACGAACAGCCUUUCGCAUCGCCUCUGGCACGAAAACGCACCCUUUAGGUAGAGCAAUUCCGAAGCUACCUGCUUCUUCUUCUUUUUUUUUUUUUGUGAGGCCAUUAUUCGGUUCUUGUCGCUCUUGUGCCAAUGGGCAGUCUGUCCGAGAGGGGCCCCUUGGAACUAGACCUCGAGCCAUGUCUCGCGCUGCACAAACCGAGUCAGAGUGUCCGGGCUAACCUGGUGUCGCAGGAGGCGGCAAAACUCAAUUGGCACCCGUCUCUCGCAGGUUCGGUUGAAAGGCCCGCGGUCGCCAGUGACUCAACGCCUCCUCAACCCGGUCACGUUUUCGAUUCGGCUUCAUGCGAGCCUGCAGAGACGCCGAACCUCCAAACCAGCGCUCUGCACGACACUGCCAGCCGACACGAAGAGCGGGCCGAACCUCAUUCGAGCGACGAGAGCUCGGCGCCUAACAUUCAAUUCGACAAGCGUUCUUCUGACCAUUCUGUGGCACCUGGGCUGACGCGAGCCGAUACAAAUAUCCCUCCUCGACGCGUCAAGUCAUUGGUCGGUCCCUACGGCCCCACGCUUUGCACCUCUGCGCCAAGAAGACUGGCGAAAAUAUACAAACUGAACUUGGAAACAGGCUGGGAAGACCGUGGAGUCGGAUAUGUAGACAUUCAAGAAAGAAACUCUCCCUCCACGGCGACACUUGCCCAGCGCCACUUUUUCGUGGUGUUCUCGACGACCGACGAAUUCGACGUCGUCUUCGAGUCGAGAAUACCGAAUAAAGAAGUCUGCGAGUAUCAAAAGUCGACCCUGAUUGUUUGGAAUGCUUCCGGUAAUCGUCACGAGGAGUACGACUCGGCGCUGAGCUUUCAGAGCGCCUCGGAUUGUCUGGAAGUCUGGAACGAGCUGCUGAGGCUGUACGAGUUCGAUGAGGUAAUAGACCAACACUACCACUGCCUGGGCGGGACGAAGGAGGUUGUGCGCCCAUCCGACGAGAAUGAGGGGGACGCUGCCGGACAGAACCCUGUUGGAGAGGAGGAGAGCUCUGUAGAGAGCCACGACGAACAGGUGGACUCACAAAACGUGAAGCUUCCUCAGGCGACCCUGAAGAACGUCGACGAGAUUCUGAGCCUGCUGAAGGACGCGACAAACACGAAGUACAAGAGGAGUCUGGGAUUCAUCAUCGCGAGUCGCGGUUAUUUGCCGGAGCUGUGCGACUUGUUUAGGAUGGCGGAGGAUGUGAUGGACACAGAUGUGCUGCACAAGCUUUUCGAGGUGUUCAAGCACUUGAUAUUGUUGUCAAGCCCGGAGCUUUUGUCCCAGAUGUUUUGCGAGGAGCACGUGUUUCAAGUGGUUGGCGCGCUAGAGUAUGACCCGAAGCAUUUGAAGAAGGUAAGGCACAGAAAAUAUCUGAAGCGGUAUAUGCUGAAGAAUCAGACCGUGAGGUUGUCCAAGGCCCUAGAGGAGAAGAUAUAUAGAGCUUUUCGAAUUCAGUACACAAAUUACAUAUUGAUGAAUUAUUUAGAUGAAGACACGUUCGCCUUGCUGACGUGGCUGAUAUGCGUGACGUGCAACCAGAUCGUGCAGCACAUUUUGGAGGAGAAGGUGUUGGACCAGGUGUUUGACAGGCUGUUCAGGGUUGAUCAGGCGGACGAGUUGAAGGGCCUGUUGCAGUUUUUGUACCGACUGUGCCAUUUAAUGAAGUCGCUGGACACGAAGCAAAACUCGCUCAUCAGCGAGGCGUUCGACAAUGGUGGGAUACUCACUCAUUUGCACAACGCGCUGAGGCACGAGAACUUCGAGGUGAGGCUGAUCGCGACAGACCUGAUUUUGGCGACCACCAGGCUCAACGUUGACACGGCCUGUCAAUGGUGGCUCGCGAAUCGAGGGGACCGCAUUCUGUUCGAGCAGCUAAUUAGGAUUCUACACGAGGACAGAGACGAGGCGAUAUGUCAGAUCGUCCUAACCAUAUUUAAGUGUUUUUUGAAUUCGAAUUUGGUAGACGCAGACGCGACGCUCCACUACGAACUGACCAACCUGUUCUUCAGCGACUCACUAAACGCUAUAUUAAGGCCGAUGACGGAAUAUUCCUGUGAUGUCACCGGGCUUGAGCAAGACUCAAAGAAGCGAAAAUGUACCAAUUAUCCCGCGCACGAUCAACUGCUCUUUUGCCACCUCCUGGACUUCAUGAGCUUCCUUCUGAUUUACCAGCCCCUGAAAACCAAGGCCUAUCUGUACAACCACGCCUUGCUGAGUCAUUGCAUCCAGUUCUUGAAGUGCUCUGACAAAACCCUCAUCUUGGCCAGUUUGCGCUUCUUUCGUCAGGUCAUUGAGCUAAAAGACCGGUCUCUCAAUAACCAAAUUCUUGCGAACCACUGGCUGUUUCCCGUCGUCGAGCUCUUCUUAUACCACCGAGACAAGUGCAACUUGAUUAACUCGGCCGCGCUCGAGUUGUUCAACUGGAUCAUCAACGAGAAAAUGAACUACUUCGUCUUCGACGUCAUGUCUCGCUACGAAGAUCGCCUCCGCGAUGUCGAGCACACGACCGUAUUCGAGACGAUGCGAUCCAUCUGCCGUGGGAGAACGCUCUAUGGCCUCGACAAACAAGCCGAGAGCUCGUUAUACGCUAACCAUUUCUUGGUAUUGCCCAAAUCUCCAAAUUUUAGCAAUUCUCAAUUCUAUAAAGCGGACAAAUUCUAUAACGAAAUGGAACAAAGCGACUACUUUGAAAGCGACGACGACGGCUUCUACGUCUGCGGCCAAUCCCCCGAAACCGCCAAGCAACAAGAUUCGUCCGCGCUCAACCAGACUGCUCCGAUGUCCACUGAAGUGCCGAAAGAAAACAAUUCUCUCCAAGACACGACGUUCCCCACUUCAAAGCACAGCCUGCAGGACCCCGACUCUUCCACCGAAUACGGUCCGAACCUCGAAGAACAACUCUCCCCACUAAACUCUAGGCGAUGGCACGGCCCUCACAUCACUCGUUCUUCCGACUCUGAGUCUCCCAGCACUCCUAUUCCAAAAAAAUACAAAAGUCAAAGCGCAGACACCCCUCUGUAGAGGAGAAAGCCCGAGGUCUCGUAUAUUCAAGGCAACUUUUCGGCACGUGUACCCAACUCGCUCUCUCAAUAACUAGGCAGCACGUCGCAAAAAUGGUACACAUCUUCUGACGGAUCGUAGACGCCCACUUCUGCGUGACAUUCCCUGCAUCUCACCAACUGGUACCUCUGGGAUUCUCCACUGACCUCGUCGGUCACGCUUCGCACCUCCUCAGUGACCACCGCGUUCUCUGUGGUAAACAUGGCUCGGUACUGGUGAACGUACGUCUCAUGUCUAUGUCAAUGACGUUGAAAAAAACACGUCAGUGGCAGAUCAGCCGAGGCAUCAUGCGUUUAUUAACCCGUCACCGUACUUUUGACAAAUACGACUCAACGUCACAAAGCAGCCAGGGCACAUCAACACGGCAUCGGUCGUCUUCUUUUCUACGUUCGUCCGAAAAAAGCUGUCAAAAAAAUUUUUUUUGGAAGUGAACAAGAGGUUCGGGUUUGAAACCACAUGCGCCAUUUGAGGAGCAACCAUGUAUGUUUAUCAGUCCGUGAAAACCAUGCGUACUAAAUCCGUGCUUUUCAAGCAUUUGGUCUUUUAAUAUCUCAUCUUCUGCCGCAUCUACAAACCAUUCGUCGUCAUAUUCGUUCAUAAACAGCGCCUCGUCGCUCUCCUCUGAAGGGUCCAGCUCAUCUUCCGUGCUAGAGCCUGUCUGCGAGCGACCAACCAUCUCGACUGUCGGUGUCGGUGUCUCCGAAAUGUUUUUUUUUUUCACCUCACCACUUUAUAAUCCUGGCUAUAAAUGCCCCCGACGUCCCUGUAGUUUUUGGAUUGAGUCUCGCCGUCCCCGAAAUAAACCCCUCGUCCGCCUGAA